CUGUGGUGCCGCGUUAUGUGCGCGGAGCCGGACAAGAUGGCAGCGGCCAGGGAGCUCUGGUCCUUCUCCAACCGGGUUCUGGCUGUCAGAACUCGCUGUCAACUCCCUCUGGGGCUCGGUGUGGUUUCCAACCACCUACGCACUUUCUCCCUAUCCGGUCAUUUAAACCGGGCCGAGAAGGAGCAAGAUUUGCAGGCGAAUCCCUUUUAUGACAAGUACCAGAGUCAGAUCCAGCAGCUGCGGAGCACAAAACCAGAUGAAUAUGAGGCCCGUAUGACAAAGAAAGAAGAAGUUAAGAGGCAGCCGCUGGGAUGUUCAAAUCAGGGUGAAUUUGUCAAACAUAUGGAAGAGAAGUCAAAACAACUCGGUGAAAGAGCAUCUGGGAAGAGAAAUGGUUUCGCUGAAGAUAAGACGCUACAAUCAAUAAUCAAUCUGAGUAUGGUGAAAGAUAAAAAUCCAGAUGAAAUAGCGCAGAUCUGGAAUAUGUAUUUUGCUUCAAAGAAUACAAUCUCAGCAGUGGUUCCUGGUGCAACGUUUGAGCUGAUGCGCAGCAGGUCCCAGAAAUGUCCCAUGUUCCUUUAUGCUUUGCCGAGAGAAACGGGCUAUGAGUUCUUUGUGGGUCAGUGGUCUGCAACUGAGCUUCAUUUUUCCUCAUUAAUAAAUGUUCAGUCUUUGGGCGAGAAUUCACCAAGCCAGCUUGUAAUAUAUCAUUACCCUGAUCUUCAGAAGGAAAAGGGCAUUGUGCUUCUUACUGCAGAAAUUGACACAACCUUUCUGAGUGCACAAGACGCACAGUGUCUGGCCAAUGAAGCACAGCUAUUCUACGCCACAGACUGCCAAAGGAUCAUCAAUCUGGUGGAAGCAUUCAACCAUAAACCCAGCGAUUUCAAACACAUGUCGGUCAUUACCGAGAUUGAGCAGCAUGGAAUUGGAGGCCAGUUGAUGAGAGAUGGGAGCAAACAGACCUAGACGUGUAUGAAUGGCAAGAAGUUUAUUAAAUAAACCCUAACGAUCGUUCUCAUGGAGCUAAACCAUUAACAUUUUUGAAAGAAACAUAUUGCAUGUGAAAUUUUCUGAUGGACAUUUUCUGAGAAUCACUGACUAGAACGAGGUUGGAAUUUGUUCACCUUUACUGGCAAAACUGGCACAGUGGAGUAUAUGCGGAGUUAAUCUUUGAUAAAUAAGAUAUUGCUUGUGCAAGAUAAAGGAUCACUUCACGAGGCAGAGUUUCAGCUGAAGCUGGAGGACUGUUACCACGAGCAGGCCACAGGUUUUUGAGGAUUUUUUUUCCAAAGAGCCAGUGAAAUCUGGUAAAUGAGUAAACAAUUGUCUAUAGCU